UGAUAGAUAAGCAUUGAUUUAUUUAUUAAUUUGAUUUUUGUGUGUUUGGAAAACAGUUUGUUAAUCAAUAAAAAUAUCAGCCAACCGUGUGUCAAGUGUAAAACUGAAAAUACGUGUUUUUGUGUAUCUGACUUAAAUUGAUUGUUAACCAGUUUCGUGCUAAAUUCUAAUGGUAUUAAAUUCGCAAUGUUAUUUGGGCAGCUGAAAUAUUGCAACUACAAAUUAAAAGAGGAAAGCAAAAGACUGAAUUUCCAAUUUCCGCAAACAGCAAAUAAUGAGCAAUAUAGAAAAUUUGCAACGGCAAAAAGAUUUGGUGCGUGCAAUCGCGAUGCGCGCGCUCAUGCAUGCCGGCGGGGAAAAGUAGAUGUUUUUGUCCUGUAAAGAAACCCACCAAAUUUAUCGUUACACUCAAGCCGGUCGUUAAAAUGCCCAACGCCGAUCCAUAUCUCAGUUUAAAAGUAAAAUCUAGCGCUUGUACAUGUAAUACGAAAAGUGCACAUAAGCCACCGACACCAGCACAAUUAAAGGUGCGCCAAAAUAAUGAAGCUUUGAAGGGCAAAACGCUUCUGAGUGAGUUAAGCUUUCAUGCGAUUAUUGUAAUAUCUUUAAUAUUUCAAAUUUUUUAAUAUAAUAUGACAUACAAAUUAAU